CUUUUCAUAAUCAAGACCACCACUAUCUUUUCAUCACUGAGAGCUGUAAUGUAAAAGAAAGUCAAAACACAACCCUGAAAAAUUUUUAGUCCAUUUUUUUGAAGUGAACCUCUCAGCAAUGCUUCUACAGCCCACCACCAUCUUUUCAUCACCGAUCCAUCCCCACACUCCCUGCUACUGUUAUUCCAAGAAUCCAACCCAAAAAUCUCCUAUUUUCUUACAAAAAUCACUUUUUUUGCCGAGUCUUGAAUCUCUUGAUUGGAGGUUCAUUAAAACUAGAAAGAGUUCGCUCAAAAAUGUUACAUCUACUAAAGCCACUUUGCUCGAGACCCCCGUCUUGUGGGCUGGCAGGAUUUGCAUUUUCUAUGCUCUCUUGAAGGCUGGUCUUGCUGGAUCUCCUUCUAACCCAAUUGUCUCAGAUAUGGAGAGUGGAGCUGACGAUUUUGGUUUCUCUAGAUGGAUUGAGGAGUUACAGAGUGGACCGGAAAAGGAUGCUGCCGAAAGAAGAAAACUUGUGAGCAAAUGGCAUCCAACAACAAAGGGUACCCUUAGGCGCAACUACAGGGUCCCUUCCAAGACCGAAGGGAGGCGUCUUCUGAAGUCCAUCGCUUCUUUACUGUCGGAUGAUGAUCACUUUAGAGAUGCCACAUCCCACAAGGGCUGUCAAAUAAGGAGGGAAAAUGCUCAUGGAGAAAGCGUAUGUUGCAACAAUGUUAGAGCUCUGUUCGACGAGCUCCCAACACCACACUUGAUAGUCGAAAUCUCACCUUUUCCUGCUGGUCCUCUUAGUGACAACGAUUAUGCAAAGGCUGAGAAACUUGAGAGGGUGCUCAGAUCAGGUCCUUCUGUUUAAAUAUGAUUUGAACGGCUGCUGUAUGUAUCUGAUCACAUGUAUAUAUAACCAAUUUACCAUGAGUGGAACUUUGCUGCACUAAACUUGUUUUUGGAUGUCCAAAUUUGAAGUAUAUCAAAUGUGGCUUUAUCAGACA